AUGGAAGAGUUUAAAACACCAACGAGCAAGAGAUUCCGCAGUUGGUUUGAUGUAGACAAUUUAAGUCCAUUAAAAAUACCUGCGACGCCUUUUUUGAAACAAAUAGGUUAUGGAUGUGGUGUCAAUGUAUUUACACUUGAAAGAUCACCCAAGGUCGGAUUCGCGCGAUCACCGUGGGCAAUUAAAAAAAGAAACGCAAAUUUAUCGAAAGAUAUUAAGUAUGAUUUGAGAAUAAAAUUUGAAGCUGAUAUUCUCAGGAAUUUAAAUCACCCGAAUAUUGUUGGUUUUCGUGCUUUAACUUUGUCAGCGACGGGAAUUCCAUGUCUUGCUAUGGAAAAAUUAGAUCAAUCUUUAGAGGAAGGCCCAAUUACAAAUAAAACAGACAUGUGGGCAUAUGGACUAAUACUCUGGGAAAUGAUUGCCUUGUCGCCUCCACAUGUUGACACUGGAGAAGAGUUGAGUGAAUCCAUAUUGAACAAUACAAUGGAUUCUGUGAUUGAUGACGAGAACACAAAUCCCAACAAUAGUGAGCUGCUUGACAGUAGAACACGACCAGCUUUGCCAGCGAUUUCCAUUGGACCAGAAUACGAUCACAUUCUUGAAAUAUUUACUUUAUGCACUGACCAAGACUACAAAACUCGUCCGAGUGCUAGAGGUGUUGUCAUGUAUUUUCAGAAUUCGAUUUUCAAGCCUUCCGGUGGCAGCAAAUAA